AUGUAUUAUGAAAAUAAACACGCACUUGAACGCGUACUUUCACGCACUCACCGGCAUGUACAUAUCACCCACGUGUUCUUCGGCCGAAAUAAAAUACCCCCCUUGGUGGAGACGCUGUGUCUUUGCUCGUGUGCAAGAAACGGUUUGGUAUAUGGUGCAAAGAUUCGAUUCCCGCAUGCUUUGGUAAUGGUGACGCUGUUUGGAUCUGGUACGCCAAGGGACAAAUGGAAGAAGAUCAUCACAGCGACGAGACAGCAUGCUAUGCGGCUAGCGUUAUACGUGAUGAUCUAUAAGACAACCUUAAUGGUGAUUCGUGACCUUUUUCGUGAUGGAAAGCAGGCAUCCAUUGAUCCAUUUUUGGCCGGCAUGUUAGGCGGCUGGUACAUGUUUGGCGAGCGAACGCCAGUAAAUGAACAGAUUGUACUAUAUUGCGUGUCGCGAUGUGUAGCCGCGCUUCUUCCGCGUGCUCGUGUACCAAAGGACUAUCCAACAAACAAGGUUGUGCCAAUUGAUAACACGGGCACACCAACUCUUCGCGGCAUUGACAUGGGGCUCUGUUAUGUGGCUCUUCGUGAAUAA